AUGGAUACAAUUGUGGACACCUCUGCAUUUCUGGGAAAAUUUCUAUAUUAUUUUUUAGAGUCUGUAAUUUACAAAGUAAUUCCAAAGAAAAAAAAGGAUGUUGCUGGAGAAAUUGUACUUAUAACAGGAGCUGGAAGUGGAAUAGGGAGGCUAAUGGCCCUACAUUUUGCCAGCCUUGGAGCCAUUUUAGUUCUAUGGGACAUUAAUGAAGAAGGCAAUAUGGAAACAUGUAGACUUGCCAAAGAAAAGGGUGGUGUGAAAGUAUUUGUCUAUACAUGUGACUGUGGCAACAGACAAGAAGUAUACAGAGUUGCUGACCAGGUAAAAAGGGAAGUCGGUGAUGUGAACAUCCUCAUUAACAACGCUGGCAUUGUGUCAGGAAAGUAUUUCCUUGAUAUCCCAGAUCACAUGGUGGAAAAAUCGUUUCUUGUCAAUGUGAUGUCUCAUAUCUGGACUUACAAGUCCUUCCUGCCUGCCAUGCUUAAAGCUAACCGUGGGCACUUGGUCUGUAUUUCAAGUGUGGCAGGGAAAAUUGGGACCAGUGGUCUGGUGGAUUAUUGUGCAAGCAAAUUUGCGGCUUAUGGAUUGGCAGAGGCUCUCUUUUAUGAAUUAACAUUGACAAAGAAAACUAACAUUAAAACCACAAUUGUUUGCCCAUUUUUCAUUGGAACUGGAAUGUUUGCGGGCUGUGUAACCAAGUACCCUCUUCUGCUGCCUGUACUGGAUCAGAAUUAUGUGGCCCAAACUAUUGUAAAUGGAAUUUUGAAAGAUGAAGUUUUUAUAGUAAUACCAAAAUUUGUUAAUUUUGCAUUGAUCCUUAAAGAAAUUAUUUCUCCAAAAAUGAAUCUUGCCUUAGCUAAAUAUCUUGGAAUGGAGACGUUUAUGGCUAACUUUAUAGGGAGACAUCCAGAAAACAAAGAAAGAUCAGACUGA